GGUCUUCAGAAUGAGGACGAGGGUGUCUCAGCUCCUCCGCCUCCUCCUCCUCCUUCUCCACCAGCGGGUCUUCCUCCUCCUCGUACUCCUCCUCCUCCUCCUCCACGCUCAGCAAGGAAGAGGAGACAUGCCCGGCUCGAAGCGGGAGUUGCCAGCACACAAGCGACAGUCGGUGCAAUACUCUACGCUCGUCGGCCCGUCCUUCCUCAACGCCUCCGCCAAUGCUCACACCCACGCUCGUCUCGGCCACACAGCUUACCUAACAUGCAUCGUCAGAAACCUCCACAACUACACGGUGUCGUGGGUGAGAGCGAAAGACAUUCACCUACUGACGGCGGGAGAGACAACCUACACCUCGGACCACAGGUUCGUGGCGGUCAAUCCCGGGGGCGGCGCGCAGUGGGUCCUGAGACUGCACCACGCACAGCCCAAGGACGCCGGCACGUACCUCUGCCAGGUGUCCGUGACCCCGCCAAUCAGCACGGCCGUCAAGCUGCUGGUUACAGAGGCCACCGCGCGCGUGUUCCCCGGGCGUGAGGUGUUUCUGAAGGCCAGCAGCCGCCUCGUGUUGGUCUGUGAGGUACGCGGCUGCCCCUUCCCUGCCAACCCCAGCUGGAUGAGAGGCAACAAGGUGGAGAAAGGAACACAGGUGGAAGAAUUCUACGUGACCACCUCCACCACCUCCACACCGAUCUACGAAGAGACCACCACCACCACUACCACCACCGCCACCACCUCCACCGCCUCCGCCACCAACACCACCACCACCAUAACCCUCACCACCACCACCCCCACCAGCCCGCCCACCACCACCACCUCCACCACCACCACCACCACGCCCACGCCCAUCGGCCUGCCCAUAGCGCGGGUCACCCUCACGCACCCCAAGGCCAAGGCAGCCCAUUCCGGUGUGUACGUGUGUAAGAAUUCGUGUACACCUCCAGUCAACCUCACCUUACACGUCCUAAUAGGUGACGAGGAAACAGCCGCGAUGCAACACCUGAGCGGCUCGCAGCAUCCCGCCCCCCUCACCUGCCUCCCCGCCCUCCUAGCAUCCGUGGCGUCGCUGCUCUGGCUGAUGACUUCAUGAAGGGCGAUGACGCAACACCCCCACAAGAAGGAACACUGACGUACCUGGGGGAAAAAGAAAUAAUAAUAAUAAUGAUAUAGUGUUAAGCGCCAAGGUGUAUUGAAAUAAUGAUAAAUAAUAGUUUGUAAGAAGUUUUAUGUACGUACGGUUUUCAGCCCCACUUUUAGCCGCACGCAUGUAUGUAUGUAUGUAUGUAUGUAUGAAUGAAUGUCUGUAUGUAUGGAUAAAUGUAUGGAGGGGGAGAGA